UUGGGUUUCUCGCGGGAACAAUAUCAUCGGUGCACACAGGAAUUAUUGCGUUGUUUCUAUUUUCUGGGCAAGUUUGGCUGUAGUGGUGUUUCUGAUCCCGUCCUGGUAGUAAAAUACACCCACGCGUGUGAACAUGCCGAAGGUGGUUUCCAGGAGCGUCGUGUGCUCGGACACCAGAGACCGGGAGGAGUACGACGACGGAGAGAAGCCCCUCCACGUCUACUACUGCCUGUGCGGCCAGAUGGUUCUGGUCCUGGACUGCCAGCUGGAGAAGCUGCCCAUGAGACCCCGGGACAAAGCCCGGGUGAUCGACGCCGCCAAACACGCUCACAAGUUCUGCAACGUGGAGGAGGACGAAAACACGUACGUCAAGAGAGCCGAGGGUAUCGAGAGGCAGUACCGCAAGAAGUGCGGCAAAUGCGGCCUGCUGCUCUUCUACCAGCACCAGGAGAAGAACAACCCGGCCACCUUCAUCGUGGACGGGGCCGUGGUCAAGUUCGGGCAGGGCUUCGGCAACACCAGCGUCUACAGCCAGAAGCAGCCCGAGGCUCCCAAGAAAGUCCGAGUGAUGAUGACCAAGCGGACCAAAGACAUGGGCAAGUUCAGCUCCGUCACCGUCUCCACUAUCGACGAGGAGGAGGAGGAGAUCGAGGCCAGGGAGGUGGCGGACUCCUAUGCCCAGAAUGCCAAAGUGAUCGAGAAGCAGCUGGAGAGGAAGGGCAUGAGCAAGAGGAGGCUGCAGGAGCUGGCUGAGCUGGAGGCCAAGAAGGCCAAGAUGAAGGGCACUCUCAUUGAUAAUCAGUUCAAAUAGAUGGCUGGGUCUGAGGAGGCGCCUGCUCUGCCUGGGACUCGUUGUACAUACAGGACUGAUGAGUGUAGCAGUCGUAUCAUAAGAAUGUGAUCUGACCUUUAAAUUAGUUUGUCACGUUUUGUACAUACAGGAAAAGACAAAAUAAAGACAUUUUUUUGUUGGUAUUUUUAAAAAGUGUUUUAUGUUGUUGUCGUUAUCACCAGCAGAGUGCUUUAACCCUCACAGAAGGCUUCGGCUGUUUGAAAGAGUCAGACCACACGAGGGGGAAAACUUUAUUAGUAACAGCUUAAUGAACUGAUGUGUAGCCUGUAGGUAAAGUUG